AUGGGUACAACUGUAAGUCCUGUCGGGCUGACCGUGUUGAGUGACCCGCAGGAUGCGGCAGCAGACGUCAUCUUCGUGCACGGCCUCCAAGGACAUCCCCGCAAGACUUGGACCUUUUACCCAAACUCCCCGUCUCCACCAGAUAGUUUAUCGUCGGAGGUUGGAAAGAAGAGCAAAUCUCGAGGAUUAAGUCGACUAUUAGGUCAUACUCGCAAACGACAAGAGGAGGCGGGAAGUUCAGCGACGCAGGAUGAGGAAAAUGGGGCGACAACCGGCGUAUUCUGGCCGGGGGAUCUGCUCAAGGACGAUCUUCCCCAGGCUAGGAUAAUGACCUUUGGCUAUAACACAAAUGUUCAGCAAGGGUACCAUGCGGUCAACCAGGGUAACAUCUUCUCUCAUGCGAGGAAUCUCUUGUAUGUACUGGAAGCGAAGAGGAGGAAAGUGCCAGCUCGCCGUUUGAUUUUUGUCGCCCAUUCGCUUGGAGGAAUCCUAGUCAAGGAGGCUCUUAGACGAUCCGAACAUGACCCCGAUGAAGCGAUACGGAAAAUCUACAGCUCGACCAUCGGAAUUUUCUUCUUUGGAACGCCACAUCGGGGUAGCAGGGAGUGGGCAUCCUUAGGGGAGGGGGUUGCUCGUGUUGCAAGCUCUCUUCUAGGGAUGGAUGUGAAUUCUGAGGUUGUACAUGCACUGUUGCCGACUGGACCCGAGCUUGAACUAUGCCGCGAGUCCUUUGCUGUGCAAUGGGAGCAGCGGAGAGCCGCUCUCGCUGUCCGCACUUUCCAGGAAUCCAAAGGAAUGUCUGGUAUCCGAUGGGGAGGUCUCAAUCAACUUAUUGUCCCACCUGACUCUUCGACUCUUGACCAUCCGAGUCAGCGUGCAAGGACCUUGGAUGGAAACCAUAUGACAAUGGUUAAAUUCAGUGGAAGAAGUGACAAAGGCUACGAGAUGGUGAAAGAUGAUCUCGAAGAGCUCAUGACCAAGGCUAUAGAUGUGGAACUGACACCGAGCUUUGAAACCAAGGACAGUCGUGAGUGUCUACAAAUGUUACGAACUUCAGACUACGAACAGUACAAAGACCGAAAUCCCGACAGACUUGACGAGACUUGCGAGUGGUUUUUACAGCACGAGAACUUCCACCAUUGGCAUAAAAGCGACUCUUCGACUCUUCUUUGGGUUUCCGCGGACCCAGGAUGUGGCAAAUCGGUUCUGGCCAAGUAUCUGAUUGACCAGGAAAUAGAACUCGAAGCUACCGAAUCCCGUGCCGUUUGUUACUUCUUCUUCAAGGAUGACAAUGAAGACCAGACCAGCGUUACUACGGCACUGUCGGCCCUUCUGCACCAACUCUUCUCGCAGCGAAACUCACUUAUUCAACAUGCGAUGAAGGAUUAUAGAGCCGAGGGCAGCAAGCUGCUUCAGCUCUUCCAAAAGCUUUGGAACAUCCUUCUCAAGGCAGCCUCUGACCCAAAGGCUGGAGAGAUCAUCUGCAUCUUGGACGGGCUCGAUGAAUGCGCAGAGAACGGGCGGUACCAGAUCAUCGACGUACUCAGCGCGUUCUACAAGCAAGCAAUUUCUGAAGAGAGGGGUUCACGCCUCAAAUUUCUUGUCACCAGCCGUCCUUAUUAUGACAUACAACGACGAUUCGCAGAUCUCACGCAUAAUUUCCCAACAAUCCGACUUGCUGGGGAACAAGAAUCAGAAGCCAUUGGCCGUGAGAUAGACAGAGUGAUCAAAUGGAAGUUGUCGAGAUUAGCCUUGGAACUGAGACUCAAUGCUACGGAGCAAGCCACCCUUGAAACUGAGCUUCUGUCUAUGACGCAUCGGACAUAUCUCUGGGCAACGCUUGUGUUCGACAUACUUUACAGAACAAUUCGCCCUACCAGUAGGAAGCUGAAAGACAUCGUCAGAUCUCUUCCACCGACAGUCGACAAGGCAUAUGAAGCAAUUCUUUCCAGAAUAGAUGAUGCGGAACGACCGCAAGCACGGAAGUUACUUUCCAUUGUGGUUGCAUCCAGCAGGCCGCUCACUCUGCAGGAGUUGAAUGUUGCUCUCACGGUUGAACUACAGCACAAGUCAUACGAUGAUCUCAAAGCUGAUCUUGAUGACGAGGAAAGAUUUGAGUCUACAGUAAGAGACAUGUGUGGUCUUUUUGUUACUAUCCUAGGUCAAAGGAUUUAUUUGAUCCACCAGACAGCAAAAGAGUUUCUUGUUGGGAGCCACGAGGUCCUCGAUGGAUGGAAACAUUCUCUCCACCCCGUGGAGUCAGAGCUUAUUCUCGCAACAAGUUGUAUUGUUCCGCUCACAUUCUCGGAUUUUGAUGACUACCAGAUGCCAGAUGAGGUCAGCCUCGGGGAAUUACUUUCAGGGUUUGAGUUUCUUGGAUAUGCUGCGUCCUUCUGGACGGCCCAUUUCCGGGAAGCCCAAAAGCAAGCGACAGAGGAGUUAUUGCAGCUGGUGCUCCAAGUUUGCAAUACUUCAUCCCGAAGAUUCAAUAUCUGGUCCCGCCUCUACAUGAUGGCCGACCCAUCCACUGCGAUCCAAAGGUUCACAAAUACUAUGAUGGUGGCAUCAUACCUUGGACAUGACACUGUAGUUGACCAGCUCCUGAAAAAGAGUGAGUCGGAUAUUGACUCAAAGGACAUCGAUCACGGUCGGACACCAAUCGCCUGGGCCGCCCAACAGGGCCAUAUGUCUGUAGUGAGGUUGUUGAUUGGAACUGGGAAAGCCGACGUCAAUUCGAAAGAUAACGAUGAGCAAACACCACUAUGGCUGGCCUGUAAGACUUGCCGGGAGGAGAUCGCUUUGAUCCUCCUCGAACAUGGGGCUGACCCUACGGACAAGACUGCUCGACCCCGAUCCCCGUUUCUUGAAUCCGCCUCGCAGGGGUUGCCUAAAGUGGUUGACCGGAUUCUGCGAUCGCUCUCAGACGAAGCACUCCAGGCUAUCGUCGAGCACUACGACACUGAUGGAAAGUCAAUACUCAACCUAGCCCUCCUUGGUGACAAUGGAUCCCAGUAUGAAAUUGUUAAACUGGUGGUUGAUGCGCUGAGCCGGUUUCCGGAUCAGAGGCGCAAAUUACUAUACCACCAAGAUCAUUCCAACUGCACCGCCCUAUUCCAUGCAGCGCUUAGAAACCAGCCAGAAUCUGUCAAACUACUCGCACAAAUUGAUAAAGGUCUCCUAACACAGACUGGCUAUUUUGACUGGAGGGAUACUCCUCUGCAUGUCGCCACCCAUUGGCAGAGCCUUAACGCCGUGAGAGUCCUCAUCAAUGCCGGUGCAAACCCAAACAUCCAACAACGCACCGGGCAUACGCCUCUUCAUAUUGCGUCUCAUAGAACAGAUGGACCUGAUGGUGCACAGAUCCUCAAGGUUUUACUUGAACAUGCGGAUCCCUUGAUAUCUGGCAAUAUGGGUGAGAACAUCAUUCACCUUGUCCUGGACUGGGAUAGGGCAGUGCACUUUCAGUCCAUUGCAGCCCAUGUCUCAUAUUCUGACUUUCGCAAACUCCUGACCUCAAAGAACAAGGACGGUAAUAUCCCACUCUUGCAUGCUACAGCCAAACUUAGCCAUGCGGAUCAUGACUAUGCCUCCCGCUCCAAGACUUUCAAGGCCGUGUGCGAGGCGAUGGUGAAAGUCGUGGCGGAUACAGACGCAGAUGGCAUCCUGGACUUGGUUAGCAAAAAGGACCAGCCCAUCGUUCUCCAUCGGUUCAUCGAAACCGGCUCUGCCGAUCUUAUGGCUGAGAUAGUGCCGAAAAUAGCGACAUUGGAAUAUUCAUUCCUCGAGCCGACAGAUAUACAUGGCCAAACUCUGCUUAUAAAGGCCGUCGACAGACAGUUACUUCGAACAAUACAACUGUUAAUUGAGAGUUCAACCAACAUCAACUCCCAAGACAAGCUCGGAAAGACAGCACUCCACUACGCGGCGGAGCGCGAUAUGCCGGAAAUCGCCGAGCUCCUCGUUCAUGCAGACGCCGACCUGACCAUCAAAGACACCUUUGGCCUAACCAUCACUCCAACCACUCGCUCAAGCCGUACUUCAUGGUCCAUCAUACUCGGCGCAGAGUUAAAUUCGUGCCCCUGGAGCCUCCACGGAGAUACUGCCUGGUACUCUGACGCCGUCCCCAAGAUUGUGCGUGAAGACAAAUACUUGAUCAGCGAGACACUCCCCGAUACUAUCAAGCUCCCUGUGCCACGAGUCCAUGUUGUGAUUGAAGGGCGCGAUCAGGGAUGGAGCGAUGACCGCUGGUUUUCCGAUCGUCCGGAGGGCUCAUUCACGAGUGACAGCUGGUUCGAACUUGCUAUCCUGCGGGACGGCCAGCUUGUCCUGCGUCGAGAGUGGGCGAGGAACAAACACCGCUCGAAAACAACCCAUCGGUUCGAAUGGCUGUUAGUGCAGAUGAUCAGGGGGAGUUUGUGCGCAGGUUAA